AUCAGAUAUAUUUUAAGCUUCAGUAGCUGAGCUUCAGUGUUUUUCUCCUGAAUGACUGCUUUAUUCACCACAGGUGCAGGUAGCUCACAUUCAUAAGGAAGGUUCAGUUGUGUGAAUAGGACCUGGUAUAGAAAUUCAUGUCAGGAACACAGUUCUGCCUAUGCUUGGUUUCCUUAAAAAAAACCACAAAACUUUGAGUCCUGAAGAAAGAACAAGAUCUCAGUGAAGCUCCAACGUGGGAGGAGAAAGCUUUGGCAUUGUAGGAUCAAUAUGAUAAAAAGGGAGUUAGUCCAGGAGCAGGCUCAAGUGGAUGGCAGUCCAGAGGGAUCUCAGCAAGUGUGCUCUCCAGGACAGCAGGGCCAAGGAGAAGACUAUCUCCCAGCAGCACAGCCGCAGACAUUGGCCCAUGGUCAGCAGCCUCAUGGGACAGGCUCAGAGCACAUCCAACAGAAGAAUCAGACAGUCCAAGGAGGCAUGGCCCUAAAUGUGGAACCACAGCAAGUGAAUAAGGGGUGGGAUGCCCUGGAAGUGACAGUGCAGGUGAGGCCUCAGAUCUUGAGCAAGGGAUGGGAAGCCCCAGAGAUGACAGUACAGGUACGGCCUCAGAAGGCAAGCCCAGAGUGGGAGGUGCCAGAUGUGACUGUGCAGUUGCAGUUAGAGCAGCAGGGCAGAGGAACAGCCCUCCCACAAGUAACUGUACAGGUACAGCCAAAGGUGCAGGGACGAGCAAUGACUGAUCUCAAGGUCACUGUGCAGAUGCACUUUAGCUGUGAGCCGAAAGACGUGAGCUGUAUGCAGGACCAAGGUGAAGAAACAUUAGAGAACAGAGAGCAGCAGACACUGAAUCAAAAUCAAGGAGGGUCAAUAGCAAGAUCUGAGGGUAAGAGAGAACUGGCUGUGAUGGAUCUGGUUCCACAGGGAACUAAUAACCGAAAGCAGGAUCAAGAAGGAGCAGCAUUAAAAUUCCAGCAUGGACAGAGCCAAGAAGAUGGGAGGGCAGAAGUAAUAGAGAUGCAGGCUGAAAACCAAGCAGGCCUGCAUGGUGAGGUGACAGAUCAGCUAUAUGAUCAAAACCAAAAGAAGGAAGAGCUGAAGGCAGACCUAUCACUGCAGCAGGAAAGUCAAAGAGAUACGAAGAUGAAAGAGGGCCAAGGUGAUGGCCAAGAAGGGCCCAAAGAGGUGACUGAAGAUCAGCAAGAAGGCCGGGAGCAAGAAGUGCUUAAGAAGCGCCCACGAGAGACUCCAAAUUACUUUGUCUCUAUACCAAUAACAAAUGACCAGAUUUUGGAUAGAAUUGAAGAUGUACAAGAGCUCAUAUUCACAAAGGAGCCUGACUUGUUGAGGGCUUUUCUUCCUGUUCAGACUAUGCACCUAACUAUACUAGUUGCUCACCUGGGAACAGAAGAAGAAGUAAAAAAGGCUGUUCUGGCACUGAAGCAAAGCAAGACCAAAGUGGAAGCCAUUUUGCAGGGUAAAGACCUUAUUAUGACAUUUCAUGGGAUUGGACAGUUUAACAAUCAAGUGAUAUUUGUGAAAAUGUCAGAAGAAAACCAGAAAAUGCUUUGCAGAAUUGCAGAAGCUGUGGAAAAAUCUUUUAAUGAAAUGAAUCUCAACAUUUCAGGGAGCAAGGAUUUCAAACCACAUCUUACUUUUUUAAAGCUCUCCAAGGCACCAAGACUGAAAAGAAAGGGCUUCAGAAAAAUUUGUUUGGAUCUGUACAAAGAGUAUGAAGACAGUUAUUUUGGCAUGGAGGUCUUCAAUCGGAUUGAUCUCUGUGCCAUGCGUAAGAAGAAACAAGAAUCUGGUUACUAUUACUGCGAGUGUUCAAUUCAUGUGGGCUCCAAAGGUGCAGGAGAGAGCAUUGAACAAGGAAUGCAAACAGGAGAUGUGAAAGCAACAACCAGUGAAGUCCCUUCAAGUGCCGCAGGGGCUGAAACAGAAAUGACUACUGAGAGCUGUAACCUUGCUUUGUGUUCAGUAGUACCUGACCAUAAACCAUCUGAAAACAUUGCUGAGGUUUUAAAUGUGAGUGAAGAGAAGGAAAUCAAUGAGGUGAAUGGACAGCCUGAAGCCACAGAUGAGACUUCCCUUGCAGCUGAUGAGGUCGGCUCGAAGUUGGUAUGUGGCCUGUUGCUGAGUGUGGAAGAAGGACAAGAAAAAACCUACAUUACAGAUGGUAGUGUGCAGGAAACCAAAGCAAUGGAAUCUGCAUCUGAUGCUCCAACGAGUUCAGGAUGAAAUUAUCAUAGCCCUUUGUGAUCUGGACCCACCUUUGAUGGUGAAGGAAGGCAAGUGGUGUGUGGCACUGGGCUGGGGAGGAAGGGUAGGGAUAGUGAAUUUUCAACAGGAAACAGACUUUCUUGGAGACUGACAGAACCAGAAGUAGAUAAAAAAUCAAAAAACAUUGUGGAAUACUGUGUCCAAAUGGUAAAAUGUCUGGGUAUAGAGAAAAACAAACUGCAGGUGUCUGUGUUUGUACCAGAAAGAUAAAUUUGUCUGGGGCAUACAGGAUAAAACAGAAACUAUGCACUGAAGCCAAAGCAAAUGUCAGAAGCGUGUGUUUCAGAAGUAGAGGUUUCCUACCUUCUUCCCCUGCUCUCUCCACCUUUACCUGCCCUGUGCUGACAGCCCCUGGCUCUGCCCUCUCCCAAUGAGUGCACACAGCUGCUCUGGGUUAGGGUUCUGUGCUGCUCCUGUGACACAAUCGUUUAUGCUGCAAGUUAUUAACGUGUUUGUGUGAAAUAUGUGCUUUGGUUCCAAUAGUAGCUACUUAAUGUGAAAAUUUUGUCCAAUUUAUGGAAAUGGUUUGUUUUAUUCCACCACAAAACACUGUAAUACCAAAUAUUUUUCUUUACAAAUGAGCUGUUAAGGAAGGGCAGGAAGGGUGAUCCGUAAUGAACUAAUUUUGUAAAAUGCUUUGGAGUGGAUGAGGCGGCGCAGCUUUUCUCUGACCCUGUGUAAUGUCAUAGUCCCAGGAAAGGACAAAACAGAACCGCGUCUGCUUCUGGCAAGAUGAGGUUAAGGGCCUAAACCUCCUUGCUUUGUAUGUUGCCUGGUAUAUGGUAUGGCAGGACGGGGCCGGCAGGUGGCACUGCGGGAGAGCGGCGGCGCCGGGAGCGGAGGGAUGUGCUGCCCUGAUGCCUACAUGGGGCUGGGGCAGCUCCGGAGGGGUGAUGGAGAUGGGAAAGGUGGCCAAGAGCCUGGAAAAUGCUGUGCGUCCCUAUUCUGCUCUACCUGAUUAAUUAAAAAAAUGAUAUGUGAUCUUGAAAA